AUGGCGGAGGGUAACUUUAACUUGUCAAAUUUGAAUGUUGUGGCGAGUCAAAUAGCUUCGGGAAUUUUUGAAGAUGAACCAAAGCAACAGAGUGAAGAGGGUGUAUUUUCUAGAGUCGAUGACAGUUUGGAAGUAACGAGCAAUGCUUUAUACAAUGUUUUCGAAGAGAAGAGAGACAUUUCCAACUCAUACUGUACAACUGGAAAGGAUAUGAAUUACGACCCGAUGCUCGACGAGAAACUCAAGUCACAACAGUUUGUCAAGCCAACUUUUCGGGAACAUCCGACCCCAACAGACGACUCCAAUCAUAUGCCAUACAAAGAAAUUAACUUGUCAAAUAAUUAUUGGGACAAUAUUUCUUCCACCAAGUUUAUUAUAAAUCCAUAUUCGAGUUCCAGUGAUGAAGAGGAUAGUGUUGUUGCAGACAAAAAAUCAACAGUUCAAAAUCAUGAGACGGUGAAUCCAGAAGUCACAGACGAACUCGAGGACGGUGCUGAUCAGGAACACGCCCCUGCUCAGACGUGUGUUGUUUACGACAACAAUCUAGCACCUAAUGAAUCAUCAGAUAACAGAGAAAUCCCAAAUGGAACAUUUAAUCAGAACAGUUAUCCAGACUUCGUUGAUUCCAUGGAAAACAAGCAACCUAUGCCAUCAGCUUGCACCGGAUACUAUUUUGAAUCGGGUACCACGUGUUAUGUCUACCAGCCUGUUCAAAACUUAAAUACCGAAUCGUUCGGAAAUCAGAUUUAUUACCAGAUGCCAUGUUAUAAUGCUGCAAAUUAUAUAGAUGGAAGUUAUCAAUAUGUUUCUCACGGAUACCCAGAUGUGGUGACUGAAAACACUGACAAUACUACAAAUAAUUACAAUUCCUGUGAGCCAUAUCAAACAGAAAAUCACCCAAACACCCCCUCUGUUGAUUCUCGUUCGUAUAUAUUGGAAGGCAGUGAAAAUGAAGAAAAUGGAGUAAAGACCAUUGAUGAAGACCACAAAUCAACAUCUUGCGAAAAAGUUAUUGAUUUAUCAAAACAACAGCAUAACGAUAGUUGUCAUUUUCCGCAAUAUAGCGAAUCAAAUGAAGCGGCGAGAUGUAAUCCCAAUUACCAGGCAUUGUCUGUGCAACAACCGUUACUUGUUGCCGACAAUUGUCAUCCAUUUACGAUCUCUGAAGGCACCAACACCAACUUUCAGUAUCCAGCGAUGUAUAUAUCUCAGAAUGGAUUGGUAACUAUUCUACUGAAGUGUGACAUAUCUGUCGAGAUGACCUUAGACCGGGCUAUCAGAUUGGUUAGUCAUCAAAAGAAUCUUGUUGUUGCGUCUAGCGCAAUGGGGGAUAAUAACUUUUUAAUUCACUCAGCAGGAAUCAUAUCACAUAAGUCGUCUGUUGUUGAGGCUGACAUAUAUUUGAAACGACGUAUCAAAAUGGCGGAGGAAGACAUUAUCUUUGGUAAUUCUGAUAAAAGUUACAAAUUCAACGACAACAAAAUUGAUGUUGAGGCGACACCGGACUUCGCAAAACUUUCCAAAAAUAGUUCCGUCAGCAUUCUAUUUACGUCAAACAAGUCUUCCAAUAAGGAUCUUGUUCAGUCUUGCAUGGAAGUAGUCGCCUGUGCCCAAUACCAUUCACUCGGGCACAUAUCUGGAGGAUACGUAAUUCAUAUAAAUGAUAUGAAAGUCAUUCAGAACGGAAAGGGGGGUGUUAAGGUCGUGUGUCCAGACAAGUUGUUGAGACUCUCCCCAACACGAGAAGAUGUUCUACUGAGUAGCAAAAAUAUUGAAAUGGGAAUCGAAUCCGACUGGAGCAUGUGGAUUAAUCAUGGCAGAAAUGUCAUGAGAGCUAAUAAAUUUGAUCUUAUCCUGUGUAAUGGGAGUAUUGAAGCCGGGUUUGACACGAAUGAUCGUGUCAGGGCUUGCAGGAUCCCGACUGGAAUACCCGUACAUAUCGGGGAAGAAUCAUUUCUUCCCAAGCGGCGUUAUGUUCCCAGGGCUCGUCAAAAGUCCAGGAAGGAAUUCGAUUGAGAAGUUAUGCGAAUUGGGGGAAAAUUACACCAGAAGAACCCAGUGUAGCCAAAUGGCACAACUCCAUUGUCUACAUUUUUCUGGAAAGGAAUAUUUGCCAUUUUCCCUCCUACUGUUUAGAUUUAGUGUGUGAAACGCAUGUUAAAGCAAUCACUUUGCAGGAAAUUUUCGAAUGUAGAUCUGCAAUCUGGUGAUAAAAGCGAGACUGUGCAGAACAUAUGUACUUACAUUCUGAACAUAUUUUAAAACUCAUUUAUUUGUCUUGCUAGUUUUUAAAAUCAAAUCACUGCGUUUAGAAAAAUAUGAACCUGGUCAACAAGUCAUUUUGUUACAUGUAUUGGUUUUUUUUUAAAAUAAUUUUUUCUGAAAAGAACCUUUCUGAUUAAAAGUCCUGACUCAUCUGUC